AUGUCCGCCGCAGCGCUGGCCGCCACGCGGAAAGCGUCAGGCUCGCAGCGGCCCUUGACCGCGCCCGCAGAAGCUGCGAGACGCACGUGCUUCAUUUGCCUGGAAGGCGUCAAGAGGAGUAGGAAGGAUGGGCGGCUCACUCGCGACCUGCUGCCUUGCUGCUCGCAGUGCUUCGCCGUCGUACACCGCAGGUGCUGGUCGACAUAUCGGCGACGCCAGCAGCUGGCGGCCUUUCGCUCGCGUCUGUUAGGCCAGCGAGCCCCGAGCCCGAGUCAAUGCUCGAUAUGCAAAACAGGCCGCGCUGGAGUGGAGGGCGACGAGGCGUUUCCGCCGCAGCGCCGCGUCGGCAGAGGCUCAUCCGGGAGCGGAGUCAACGGUGCGACGGCGGCGCUUCAGGAGCAGCUCCUCGCCUCGCUCGGUCGGUUGCUACAGGACGAUGAAGACGACGCCGACGACCCGCCGUUAUGCUCAGGGGUGUGCACGUGCAUCAACACAGGCAUUCUCAUUGGCAUUCUUCUGCUCGAUCUUACUCUCAUUUCUAUGACCUCUUUGGACGCGCUUGAGAUCCUCCUUCUCUCCCUCUUUGUCGCCUACAACUUCGUGACGCUGCAGCUGAUCUGCCUAGCCGUCAGGCAGAGACGGGAGUCGGUGGGGGCACUGCUCGCGCCGCCGGAGGCCGCACCGGGUGUGCCGCAGGCGGAGGGAGGGAGCGGGUCGUCAGACCAGCCUCGCGCGGAUGACAACGACCGCGAGGGCGACUCGCAGAGUGCGACCGGUGGGCGCCGCGGCGGCGCCUCUCUCCGUCACGCUCAGUCCGCGGCUUUCGGCGGGUCAGAAGACGCGUUCGGUGGAAGUCGCUUCAGCGACCGCGAGAGGGGUAGCGGUGGCGGUGAAGCAGAGGACCUGGAGCCGCCAGAAACUGCACGAGUUUCCUGGCCAGGCCGCGUGGCGUUUUGGAGGUCGGCGGAGAGCCAGGCGAAUCACUUUGUAAACGGGGCGCGAAUGAUUUGGUGUUUCUUGUCGAGUGGGGGCAGUGACGUGGCACCCGAGGGCUCGCGCCGAAGGGAAGCUGGAAUCCGGCGAAAUGAGGUUGAAUCCGCUAGCGGCUCCUUCACCAUCUCCACCGUGGUAAGAACGCCGUUCCUUCCUGCCCUCGAACUGCAGCUGCUGCGUGAACAAAGUCCACAGGGACGGCAGCGGUCGACGGAGGAACUGCUUGUAUGA